GUUUGAACCGGGUUCCAGCGACAGUACUGACGCGACAGUACUUAAUUGGCGGGUUCCAAGCCACGGACGCUUCGACCUCGUCAUGGCGUGGAAGUCCAAAGAAGCGAUGGUCGUGGUCAUCGAUGUGGGGGCGUCGAUGCAGGAAACCUUCAGCGUGGUGAAGGAUGGCAGCAAGGUGACCCGUGCCCAGACCGCGCUUGGGGUAGCACAGCGCUUGGUCCAACAUCGGCUUUUCUUCACGCCUAAAGAAGAGGUGGGAAUCGUCUUCUUUGGCACGAGGGACACGCAGAACGACUUGCAGGAGGAUGGAGAGUAUCGGAACAUCUAUGUUUGCCGGAACCGCAAGAUUGACGUGGUCGAUCUCGAGGCUCUCCGGUGUUUGUCAGAAACCACUGCGCCCAAAGGAGGCGAGGUCUCAGAUGCGGUCUCCGCGCUCAUCGUGGGGCUUGAUAUGCUCAUCAAACGCACCAAGGAGCUGAAGUAUAAGAAGAGCAUCAAGCUGAUUACCCAUGAGUUCUCGGCGCCAUUGGGCGAUCCGGACCUGGCGGAAUGUGCCAAACAAUUGCAGGUCAUGGGUGCCGAGCUCAGCGUGACCUUAGUCGGUUCCUCCGGAAAGGGCGCUUGGGCAGCCCUGCAAGGUGAGCACCUCAAGGUGGUCUCCUUGCCGGAGCUUCUGAGAGAUACUGAGCUCAGAGUGAAGCCGGUGGAGCAACGUGCCAAGGUUCGCUUGGCUUUGACCAUUUCCCCUGAGAUGGACAUCCCCAUUGGCGUCUACUCUAAGACCACACGUGUGGGCUUUCCAACCAUGAAGAAGCAGUCAAAGUUGGCAGCCGCCAUCCCCAGUGAGGCCCGCAAGAGCGACAAGGUCCUUCCGGACCGCACCUACUACGCGACGGACGACAAGGAAGGGGAAGAGGUGAAGAAGGAAGAUCGCGUGAAGGGUUUCAAGUACGGGCAGAACAUCGUUCCGAUGUCGGAGUACGAUGAAGCCGCCUUGUCCUACUCCUGUGAUCGCACCUUAACCACACUGGGCUUUGCAGAUGCCGCCAGCGUGAGCCCAGAGAGCAGCUUGCACAGCGUUGAUGUGGUCGCUGCGGACAAGGGAGACGCGUGGGCUCACUAUGCCUUCGAGUCUUUGGUCGAGGCCAUGUUGAGUGAGAAGAGGGUGCUGAUAGCACGCUACUGCUUCCGCAAAGAUUCGCAGCCGCGGAUGGUGGCGCUGAUCCCCAAAAAAGGAGAUGCCUCCAGCUCCUCGCACCUGGUGCUUCAAUAUAUGCCCUUCACAGAAGACCUUCGUGAAUGGACUUGCGCUUCAUUGCCGGAGCCCACUGCCGAGCAGAAGGCCUUCACGAAUUCUUUGGUUGAUGCUUUGACCUUCGAUCCACAGACGCUGAGGCCCGAGGAGACCAGCAACCCUUCGCUGGCGCGCUUCUAUGAUUUCUUGGGUCGGCGAGCAGUGGACCCAGGCGCCAAGCUGGAGAGUUCGGUGGCAGCUCCAGUGCUGGAGAUGCCCGAGCACGCGCGCCUGGCGCUGGAGAAGGUGCUCCCGGAGAACGAGCGUUUGAAGGUGAAGGCUUCGUUUGGCCUGGAGAAGGUGGAAAAGGCCGUGGGUCGCGAGCGGAAGCGCUUCUGGCGUGACGCCAUCGAAGAGAAGACCCGGAACGCCGCAUCCAUCGGAGAAGUGGACAUAAAGAAGAUCAAGGUGGACGCAUACACUGGCGCCAAGAAGACUGAAGAAAAGGAGGAAGACAAAGGGCCCUUGAGACACGUGAAGGGUGAAGAGUCGCAAGAACAUCGAGGCGACGACAGCAUGGCGGUGCCGGUGGGGGUGCCUCCGCGAGUCCACAUUGGCUCGGUGAACCCGCAGCAGGACUUCGAGCGUUGGCUCAACGAGCGCAAGACCGGGGGUCAGGACGUGGUGACUCCAGCCAUCGAGCAGAUGUGCAACGUGAUUCUUCGCUUCGCAGAGGAGGGUGAGGAGUUUCAUGGCAAGGCGCUGGGCUGUUUGGCCACCCUGCGGCGGGGCUGCGUGCGUGAAGCGGAGGUUGCGGGCUACAACGAGUUCCUUCGGAAGCUCCGGCUGCGGCUCACCCGGCGUCAGGGCAUGCUUUGGGAACGUGCUGCUCAGGACAAGGGCUUGGGCUUGAUCACUGAUGCAGAGGUCGUGACCAGUACGGUGACGGCGGAGGAGGCCCAAGCCUUCCUCGAGGGCCGGGAGCUGUCCGGGCCCACGGCGAGCAGCUCUGCAAGCGCCACGGCGCCAGACACUGCAUCAACGACUGUAUGGAAAUACCUAUAG